AGAAGAUCGAGGUAACCGAACCAAGCCUCGAAGGGGAGGAUUUAAGGGUAUAUUCGUGAGUACCACGAGAAAUAGACAAUUUGGUAUUCUGCAAGAUUCCUGUAAUAACGAGGUUGGUGAUCCAAAGAAAGAUUGGAUCUUCGUAGUUUCUUGGAUCUCCAUACCCUUUGUAACAAACGGGGGGAUCCGCUCCUCCGUACGACGCCGCGAAUCCAAGCACGAGGGAGACCAACAGGAGGGAGAUCUAAGGCAGCGCCGCACGAUGAAAUUGUGUUUCGCAUUCUCUCGUCAGUCCGCCCACAUGGGUGGGCGAAGCAGGAGAUGAGACGCCGCACGCGCACGCCACCUGUCGACGCUUGCUGCCUGGCUGCAUCUAAAUAAUGAUGCCUUUGUCCUUUUCUUGGGCACCCUUUUGCUUCGCCGUGAGAAAUUGGAAGUGCAGGUGUUGUUGGAUUCAACUCCGGUUUCCAUGAGCUCAGGUCGCUGUUGAUUGUCGCCCGUCUGUCUUCGCCACCCUUCGGCAAAGGAUCACGAGACGCGCUCCAAGAACAAGGAAUAUCCGAGAAAAGGGUUAUCACCCCGCCGCAGAACCGCGCUGAUUGGACUAUCGAAAAAAAAAAAAAACAGGGUUGCCCUGUGCGUGGCAGCUUCUGUCGAGGUCUCUUGGCUGAUGGGUAUCGAGGAUUUGAGCGGGGGUUGCACGUUUUAAGCGGCUCUUUCAACUGGGUGUGAGUCUUCUUGCAUUUCGGGGUUUGAGGAGAAUCUGCGAGGGGGGGGCAAAAUGGAAGAAGAGGAUGGGAUUGAAGAGAGCAGCGCGGGGUUGGGGAGCAGUGCGAGUGGUGGUGACGGAUCGAGGUGGGUCGAUGGGAAUGAGGUGGAUUCGGAGUCGGCAUCCUGGGGUUGGCUCGGGGAGAACGAGUCAAGGGACGGCCAAGGUCAUGGUACCAUGAGAAGGCGGCUCGUGAAGAAGCCCAAGCGGGUCGACUCCUUCGAUGUGGAGGCCAUGGAGAUUGCCGGUGCUCAUGGGCAUCACCCUAAGGACCCUUCUGUUUGGCAAACUCUUGCCUUGGCAUUUCAAACACUUGGCGUCGUUUAUGGAGACAUGGGCACAAGUCCUUUAUAUGUGUUUGCUGAUGUAUUCAGCAAGGUGACCAUCAAGUCCGAUGUUGACGUCUUGGGUGCUUUAUCGUUGGUCAUGUACACCAUCGCUCUCAUUCCCUUAGCCAAAUACGUUUUUGUCGUGCUGAAAGCCAAUGAUAAUGGGGAAGGAGGUACUUUUGCCCUAUACUCUUUAAUCUGCAGAUAUGCUAAUGUAAAUAUGUUGCCCAAUCGUCAACCUGCCGAUGAGCAAAUCUCAAGUUUCAGGCUUAAACUGCCAACCCCUGAGCUAGAGAGGGCCUUGAACAUAAAAGAAACUCUUGAAAACAGAUCAUCAUUAAAAACCCUCCUCUUGCUUUUGGUUCUAAUGGGAACUUCCAUGAUUAUAGGAGAUGGCAUUCUCACCCCAGCAAUAUCAGUGAUGUCUGCUGUGAGUGGGCUGCAGGGUGAAUUAGAAGGAUUUGGAACAGGUGCUGUGGUUGUUGUCUCAAUUGUGAUACUAGUGGCACUAUUCAGCAUACAACGAUUCGGGACUGGCAAAGUGGGCUUCUUAUUUGCUCCUAUUCUUGCUUUGUGGUUCUUUUCCCUGGGAUCUAUUGGAAUUUACAACCUUGUAAAGCAUGAUGUAUCAGUCUUAAGGGCAGUGAAUCCUGCUUACAUUUAUUUCUUCUUUAAAGAUAACAGUGGAGCUGCAUGGUCAGCACUCGGAGGUUGUGUUCUCUGUAUUACAGGAUCUGAGGCAAUGUUUGCUGAUUUGGGCCAUUUCUCAGUGCGAUCUAUACAGAUUGCCUUCACAUCUGUGGUGUUUCCCUGCAUCCUCUUGGCUUACUUGGGCCAAGCUGCCUACCUAAUGAAGUACCCAAAUUCAGCUGAAAGAAUUUUCUACGACUCUGUGCCAGAUAGUCUUUUCUGGCCAGUCUUUGUGAUUGCCACUUUUGCUGCCAUGAUCGCCAGUCAAGCAAUGAUAUCCGCUACAUUUUCAUGUGUUAAGCAAUCUAUGGCUCUUGGAUGCUUCCCGAGGCUGAAGAUAGUCCACACCUCAAAGAGGCGAAUGGGACAAAUUUACAUCCCCGUGAUCAAUUGGUUCUUGAUGAUUAUGUGCAUAGUGGUUGUGUCGAUAUUUCAGAGCACCACGGACAUUGCAAAUGCAUAUGGCAUAGCUGAAGUAGGUGUCAUGAUGGUGAGCACGAUCUUGGUGACACUGGUGAUGCUUCUGAUCUGGCAGACAAAUCUGUUUCUCGCUCUAUGCUUCCCCCUGAUAUUUGGAUCAGUGGAGUUCAUUUAUUUAUGUGCGGUUCUAUCAAAAGUUAUGGAAGGUGGUUGGCUCCCACUCGUCUUUGCUUCAUGCUUCCUCUGCGUGAUGUACAUUUGGAACUAUGGGAGUGUGUUGAAGUACCGGAGUGAGGUCAGGGAAAAAAUAUCCAUGGAUUUCAUGCUUGAACUUGGGUCAAGCCUUGGCACCCUAAGAGUACCGGGUAUUGGCUUGCUUUACAACGAGCUUGUUCAAGGCAUUCCAUCCAUUUUCGGACAGUUCUUGUUGAGCCUACCAGCAAUCCACUCCACUAUAGUCUUCGUGUGCAUCAAGUAUGUGCCUGUGCCUGUGGUUCCUCAAGAGGAAAGGUUCCUAUUUCGAAGAGUUUGCCCUAAAGACUACCACAUGUUCCGUUGUGUAGCCCGAUAUGGUUAUAAAGAUGUAAGGAAGGAAGAUCACCAUGCGUUUGAGCAGCUUCUAGCUGAAAGCCUUGAGAAGUUUUUGAGAAGGGAGGCUGAAGAUCUGGCUCUAGAGAGCAAUCUACAGAUGGAGUUUGACAGUAUGUCAGUGGGGUCCAGGGGCUCCGGAACUCGGAGCGGAGAUGGAAUGGAAGAGCUCAGAGUCCCACUCAUGCAGGCGCAGAGACUGGAGGAGGCGGGCACUUCGACCUCAGAAGAUGGUGUAUCGAUUUUGCCAUCUAGUGCCAUGGCUUCGGAUGAAGACCCGAGCUUAGACUAUGAGCUUUCAGCUCUAAGAGAAGCCAUGGAUUCGGGUUUUACUUAUUUGCUUGCUCACGGGGAUGUGAGGGCGAGGAAAGAAUCUUGGUUUAUCAAGAAACUUGCUAUAAACUACUUCUAUGGAUUCAUGAGGCGAAAUUGUAGAGCAGGAGCAGCAAAUAUGAGCGCGCCUCACAUGAAUAUCAUCCGAGUUGGGAUGACAUAUAUGGUAUGACCUGCUGUCAUGCGCCAAUCUAUUAGACUUUGCCUUUAGUCGACAAGUUGGUUGAGAGACUUCUGCUAUAAGUUAGCUGUCAUCUUGUUGAUGUCGGCAAGGCAUUUUGAUAUCGUGUCGAAAAACUCAAAUUCUUAGGGGGCCUCACAACAUGAAUUGAGAAUCAACAUCCUUAUUGGCAUAAUGGUGCCCAAACGCUUGGACUCCUACUGGUUUUUCACGGUUUAUGUCUUCGCACUGAUCACUGCUCGACACAGCCUCUAUGAGUCGCCUACCGUUUGGGUAUUCUUGAUUGUUUUUCCAUCCCUCCGGCCAAUUGAGUUUUUGAAUUGUUGAGUCUCGCUUUAGCUGUUCUCUAGGUGAAAGCUUUUGGUCUUGUCUAUCUCAUUUUAGCCCUACAUAUUGUCGAUAGACAUUUUUUCUUGCCAGCCAUCUGUAGACAUUAUUCUAUGUUAAUUUUGCUACUGGUGUAUGCUCCUGCAAUAAAAGAACAGCACAUGUUUAAACCCUUUC